AUGUUUUCUUGGAGGAUGGUCCUAGUUGGACUUUUUUACUGCUGCAUCAAGACAGGAGUUACACGGUGCCGGGCUGAAGAACUGUUUCCAGCUGCAAGCAGAGUAAAAAGAGGACUGACAGCAGAGGUGAAUCCAACCUUCUACAACUCCUUCAGUGACGCCCAGCUCUUAUUUGAGAUCCUGGUCAGUGGUGUACGUUUUGAGCCUAAUGGAGCUUUUUCAGUUGAAGAUGCUGAGCUGUCUUCACUCCAAAAAACGAGGAAUCUGGACGUCAUCUGUGAGGAGAUAAUCCCCAAGAAGCUAACAGACAUAUUAAGGCUAACAGCGAACCUUUCUGAUCUUAAUGGGCAACUGCAACAGGACGACUUUGAGCGCACACUGUUGACUUUGGUGUACACCACCCAGCAGAUGGUUAAUUCUACUACUGAACUCCAGCGGGAAGAGUGGGCACAGUCUUUUGUUAGUUUAUACAAAGCUAUUAAAAAAGAUCUGACAUUAACAACCUGA